AUGCUCGUCGGUCGAGGCGUCGUGUGUGCCCUCUGCGUCGCCGCCUCGACAUUCCAUCCUCCGGCACUCGCUGCACAAAUUGACAGCAGCUCGCCGGCCGCAGUCGCUGCUAUCUCGACGGACAGCGCGCCCGCGCGAAGCCGGGACGGCCGGUUCGUCGAGGUUACAAAGCAGCAGGCUGAGGCACUCAGGGAAGCGGCGAGCAAGGAGAAGUUGCCGACACCGCCGCCCGGGUCGGACCUCGAGCAGAUGCUUUCGGCCGGGGGCGGCGGCAGCACCGAUCCACGGGCCCAUGCGAGGUGA